AUGCCAUCCUGGACCCACCUUGUUCGUUUUAUCGCUGUUGAGGACUGCCAGGUUCACCUCGGCCAACUGCUCGAUACAACUCGAGAUGUUGGGCGCGACAGUGUUGACGGAGUGGAGAUCGCUGUGAAGGUGAUUGAGGGGACAAUCUUCGAUGGCCGCGUUACCGACGAGGUUAUGCACGUGAAGCAGCUUCUAUCCCCAGUGACACAAGAACAAUGCAGCUAUAUCCGCUGCCUGGGUUUGAACUACAUGGAUCAUGCCAAAGAAGGCAACUUCCCUCUUCCUAAAGCGCCCAUACUUUUCACCAAGCCUCGCACUGCCCUCACCGGUCCAUAUCCUGCUGCCAUCAAUAUCCCCAAAUGUGCCCAGGAUGAUACUAGUGACUAUGAAGCCGAGCUGUGCCUGGUUAUUGGCAAGUCCGGUCGGGAUAUUCCUGAGGAUGAGGCAUUGGACUAUGUACUCGGUUAUACUGCCUCGAACGAUGUCUCUGCGCGAACAAUGCAGAUGAUCACUGCACAAUGGUCUUUCUCGAAGGGACUUGACGGGAGCUGUCCAAUUGGACCAGUCCUUGUGGCCCCAUCAGCAAUCAAAGACCCGCAGACUCUUUCCAUCAAGGCUAUCCACAACGGUGCAGUUGUUCAAGACGGACACACCAAAGAUAUGAUCUUCAACAUCAAGAAACAGAUCUCAUACCUGUCACAGGGUACGACUCUCGAGGCUGGAACUCUCUUUCUUACUGGAACUCCUGCCGGCAUUGGAUUCUUCCGCGAACCUAGAGUUGUGCUUCGUGAUGGCGAUGAAAUUUGUGUUAAGAUUGAUCAGAUUGGAACUUUGGUCAAUAAGGUGCGGUAUGAGAGUCGCUAA